GGCACAAUCAAAUCAUGAGAUUUAUUAGCUUUCUGGGCAGCUUUUCCCAUUAUGUAAAAGCUGUGUUUGUAUUAGUAUAGCAGUCAGACCCACCAGUGUGAGGAUUACAGUUGGUUUUUACAUAAUGGAUUAUCCAAGAUUAAGUGUUUUAUUCAGGCACACGAGCAAAAAUAACCAAUUAGUGACUUUGUAGAUUCCUUAUUUAAAGGGAGCUGGAGGGCAAUUGACACAAAACCCUCCUGCUACCUGCAGUCCAAAGACUGAAGCAGAGUAGUCUCAAGGAUCUCCAACAUCUCCACUCGGCAGAAUGAAAUAUGCACAGUAUGUUUUCCUGGCCUCGGUCUUCUACACUGUUGAAUAUAGCCUAGCUCAGACCUGUGCAGUGGAUUCUUUCUCUGUGAAAGACAAUUUUGAUCCAAAAAGGUAUGCAGGGAAAUGGUAUGCCCUGGCCAAGAAGGAUCCAGAAGGCCUUUUCCUUCAGGACAACAUCUCUGCUGAAUACACUGUGGAGGAAGACGGCACAAUGACGGCGUCCUCCAAAGGCCGAGUGAAGCUUUUUGGUUUCUGGGUGAUCUGCGCUGACAUGGCUGCUCAGUACACAGUACCUGACCCAACCACUCCAGCAAAAAUGUAUAUGACCUACCAGGGACUGGCCAGCUACCUCUCCAGUGGUGGGGACAACUACUGGGUGAUUGACACUGACUAUGAUAACUAUGCCAUCACCUAUGCCUGCCGCAGCCUGAAGGAGGACGGCUCCUGUGACGAUGGCUACUCCCUGAUCUUCUCGCGCAACCCCCGUGGCCUCCCCCCAGCCAUCCAGCGCAUUGUGCGCCAAAAGCAGGAGGAAAUCUGCAUGUCUGGCCAGUUCCAGCCUGUGCUCCAGUCAGGGGCCUGCUAAAAGUACGCUUCUGAUCCUAUCCUUAAGCACAGAAACCAGACCUCUUGGUCUUGAAGUUGCCACUCAACUAAUAAUUUUAAAAAAUCAUAGUAUGGAAUAGUGUGUUUUUCCUGAAAAACACAUGAAAAUAUUGGGGGAUCUUUAAACAGUGUGCAAUAUAAUAGUGAUAUUUGAAUUUUCAAGGGAAUACCUAAUGUGGCAUUUGUCAAUAAAUGUUUUGGAAAAAAAGGCACGUCUGAAACUGGUUUUUAUUGCCUGUUGUCCUGUCUGUUGGGGAGCAGAAGCACUGAGGAUGCUCACUGAGGAGCAGUGAGACAGCAGCAAGGGUGCUCCCAGCACAGGUGGGGCAGUGUCACUCCCCAGCUCUGAACAGGGCAGGCAGGGCAAGGAUGGUGAGAGGGGCACGUCCCCUGACUGGGCUGAUUGUCGGACACCAGCAUGGUGACAGGGUAAACUCUAGGAUUCACCUAGAAAGUGCAGCCAGUGAGGGCAGCAAGGCACAGGGCAGUAUGCAGGCACAUCACAGAGACAGCUCCAGCCAAAAACAGGACUUAAGAGCACAUCUGAGGCAGAGCUACCUGCAGCAAAGUUCCCAAGGGGAGAACCACAAAUGCAAUAAAACAGAUGCUACUUUCAAUGACAGUGGACAAUGCUUUAAAUGAGCAGGUGCUUGCAUUUCUAAUGGCAUUAACAGUAAUUUGCUCCUCUCUGCCUUGAUUAUCCAAUUUUCAGUAUCUGAAAGGUAUAGAACUGAAAGAUAUAGCAUGGACUGGGUUUAUGGCAAAGAAUUUCACAGAUAGAGAAAGCCAAAGAAGAGCACCUGGAAAUCUCCACGUAGAAAAAGGGUAACCUGAGUCAGUGUCAUUGACAUGCAUUUUCCACUGCUUUUAGUAAAACCACAUUCACCUUGUGUUUCCUAAUAAUAAAAAUCCAGUCUAGAACACCCCAGUAUCCUGCAGUUUAUCAACUACACAAAUUUUUACAAGUUAUAAUUACCAAGCACUGAGGUAAGACCAAGCUGAACAGCCCCUGCCCCUGAGGCUUCAAAAAGGUGUGUGGAACAAGGCUGAUAUUGACUGAAGACCCUCAGAGCACUACAGUGUUAAACAGCUGCAAGAUGCUUGCACAAUCUUAUCCACAGUAACCAGAAAGAGUAUGGAAAGUAGAGACACUCUCCAGGACCACAGACAUUAUCCCAGGGAUGCAGUGAAGUCUCUCAAACUUGUAUUUCCCAGGAUUUCCUGGCAAUACUCGUAAGGCUCUCAACCCGCUUGAACAAACAUGUCCUUGCUCCUCAGGUCUAGGGAAAGUUACCCUGACAGAGAACAAGAUUGGGAGCUACCACCUAAGGCUAAGGACAGAAACAGAGGAGCACUAGCAGGAGCACUAGCUAACAAAACCCCAUACAGACAGAGAACUACUCAGUGUUGAAAAAAUAUCAGCCUUUUCUGCUGGACUAAGUGCAAGGUCAGUGCAUUGAUUGAAUGUUCUCCACUUCCACCUUUCUCCCAGCAGGAAGUAUUGGAGUGGAAUCUGUGACCUUAGGACUUGUAUAACAACUGAUUAGACAGCACUAACCCUUAGCUGAAGAAGCAUGGCCUUUGGCCAAAACUGUCAGACCAACACUACCAGUCUUAGAGAAGUGGGAUUUUUUAAUGUCUAUGGUUAUACUAAUUGUAUGACCAGAGCAGAUGAGAGUUGUAGCAACAAGAUACAAACAAUAUGCAGGACCCAGUGCAUCUGCUUGGUGUAGUCUGUCCAGACAAGAUAGGUAGUGCAAUUCCUCUUUAGCCACACGAGGCAAAGCCUGCAGGAUCACAGAAAUAUAGAGGUGAUUCUGGUUGAAUACACCAUGGUUGAGUUCACGUGCCCCAAUAAUUGUACUUAGGGGGGAGUAUGUCUCCAUCAGGACCACAAGCAAGUCCUCAAUGUAUGAUGUGGUAAGUUAAUGAACAGAUGGGAGCUACAUCAUAUCCAUUUGUCUCUAAUAACUGCAGGAAAUGUGAAGAGACUUACAGUACUCUUGAAAUUCUGUUGAGUUCAACAUGAAACACCUCAGGUACAUCUACAGGCAGACAUCUGUCCGCUGUUUGAGCUGGUUGAUGAAAAGCAAUCUAUUAUUCCUGGGUUUUAAGUGCGUGUAUAGGUCCCAAGUCAUAAUCUCUAUCCUGCACAAACUUUCCACUAACAAGACAAAAUAAAAAAAUUGUUUAUACAUGAAAAGGACUGUUGUUUUGUCCUCAGAAGGUCCUUUAGUGCUGGCAGAAAGACUAUGACUGCGCAACAGCAGGAGGGACUCUGCAAGGAUAUUGUCCUUCAAACACCAGUGAACCUCCUCCAGCAAGGACACUGUGAAUGCUGAGAUCAGAGACUAUGAUACCAUCUUGAGUUAGACCAGUUUUCCCUGG